GAUGAUGGAUUCCAUGAUUCAUGUAAAACUCUUUAAAAACAAAUUUGAAUCCAUUAUCAGAUCUUAUGGUUUUGACAUUAGAUUUAAUUGUUUUUAAUCCGAGUAACACAAUAUUUAACAAGGUUUCUGGUUUCAGAUCAAGUAGAUCUAACAAAAUUUAGUGUGAUCAUCAAUUAUCGCGCGAGGAAGUUUCUAUUGUCUAACAUGGAGGGAACCAAAAAAAAGUCUUCAAAUUUCAUGUGAAUAAUGUCAAAAUAAUUUUUUGAAGAUGUAAUACUAUUAGAAAAAAGAGAGGCAUUUAUGCAUAUAGAAACAUGAAUCAUAGGGUAGAGAAGUCAUCCAAACAAUUUCUUAAAUUAAUAUUAAUGAUGGUUUCAUGAGAGAGGUGGCCAAAGAAAUUCAUUGUAUAGUGGAGUGAUUCAAUUAUGUGUUGGUUGACAUGAGGAUCACCACUUCAACAUUCUCUCACUUUACUUUAAACCAAUUGCUCAACAAUGCCAAAACCAUUGCUCAUCUUAAACAAACUCAUGCACUCUUUCUCAAACUCCUCACUCCAAAACCACCCCAUAGCUUUUUUGAUCGUCUGCUACUUCGGGUUCUUCACUUCAGUGCUGAAAAAUCUAAUCUUUACUAUGCUCACAAACUGUUUGAUACAAUGCCAAACUGCUCCAACUGCUUUCUAUGGACUUCUCUCAUUCGCUCAUUCCUUUCCCAUCAAACCCAUUUUCGUCAUUCUAUUUCCACCUACGCUAGAAUGCAUCAAAACGGGAUUUUGCCGUCUGAGUUCACAUUCUCAUCGGUCCUCAACGCGUGCGGGCGUGUCCCUGCGUUGGUUGAAGGGAAACAAGUGCAUGUGAGAGUGAUGCAGUCAGGGUUUAUUGGUAACAAUAUUGUGCAAACAGCACUUCUUGAUAUGUAUGCGAAAUGUGGCUGUGUGUGUGAUGCACGUGAUGUGUUUGAUGGAAUGGUUGAGAGAGAUGUUGUUGCAUGGACAGCUAUGAUUUGUGGGUAUGCCAAGGUGGGGAGGAUGGUUGAUGCUAGGUUGUUGUUUGAUAAAAUGGGGGAAAGGAAUUCUUUUACUUGGACUACUAUGGUUGCUGGGUAUACAAACUGUGGAGACAUGAAGGCUGCGAAGGAAUUGUAUGAUGUCAUGAGUGGCAAGAACGUGGUCACAGAGGUUGCAAUGAUAGCUGGGUAUGGGAAGUUAGGAAAUGUAAGUGACGCCAAAAGAAUAUUUGAUGGGAUAUCAAUGCCACAUAAUCCAUCAAUCUGUGCAGCAAUGCUGGCUUGUUAUGCCCAAAAUGGAUAUGCAAAGAAAGCUAUUGAGAUGUAUGAGAAAUUGAGACAAGCAAAGAUUAAAAUUACAGAUGUGGCAAUGGUGGGUGCAAUAUCAGCUUGUGCUCAACUUAGGGACAAUAGAAUGUCUAACUCAUUAACAUACCAUAUCGAGGAGGGUCUCUGUGAAAGGACACACAUUGUUUCCAAUGCAUUGAUCCACAUGCACUCAAAGUGUGGAAAUAUAGACUUGGCAUGGAGGGAGUUUAGUAUGAUGAGAUACAGAGAUUUGUAUACUUAUAGUGCAAUGAUUGCAGCUUUUGCGGAGCACGGGAAAUCACAGGAUGCUAUAGAUCUUUUCUUAAAGAUGCAGCAGGAAGGUUUAAAGCCAAACCAAGUUACAUUCGUUGGGGUCCUCAAUGCAUGUAGCGCUUCAGGUCUAAUUGAACAAGGUUGUCGGUUUUUCCAGAUUAUGACUGAGGUUUAUGGUAUUGAGCACUUACCUCAGCACUAUGCUUGCAUGGUUGAUCUUCUUGGUAGGGCCGGCCAAUUGGAAAAAGCAUACAGUCUCAUAAAGGAGAAUUCGGCUUGUGCUGAUGCAACAACUUGGGGUUCUUUAUUAGCAGCUUGCCAAGUUUAUGGAAAUAUGGAGUUGGGUGAGACUGCUGCCAGACAUCUCUUUGAGAUUGACCCUACGGAUUCUGGAAAUUAUGUUCUUCUAGCAAACACUUAUGCAGCAAAUGAUAAAUGGGAGUGUGCAGAAGAAGUUAAGAAGUUGAUAAGUAAAAAUGGAAUGAAAAAACCGUCAGGGUAUAGUUGGAUACAGAGAGAGAUCAAAGGAAAGUAUCAAGAAGAAGCACAUUGCUUGGUAGUUUCAGCCAGUUAGAUAUAUUCUUUUAUGUUUUCCCCGAUUACUUUCUGUCCCGAGUCUAUGAAACACAGACAUCGGGAAAACAACACCAACACUAACACGUCAACACCAAUAAUUAUUUGACACCAACACGGACACUGACACAAACACAUAUACUAACUAGCACUGCUUUGCUUACUUGCCCGUAUGUUCAAAGUUUUUGCCUAUCUUAGAAUAUAAUUAAAAGAAAAUUAUUUUAAAAAAUUUAGAGGAAUUAAGCCAAAAUUCAAGGUCAAAAUAUAUACUCAAGUGUCAUUAAAAAUGUCAUCUUUUAAUUUCUUAAUCAAUGUCUUAAAAGACAUUGGUUACUUAAUAGCAUAUGUAUAAUUUUAUUCAUUUUGUCAGAGUUAGUUGUAGCAGUAUGAAUAACUUUAA